AUGUGUGACUUAUAUCGACUGGGCGCCCCCGCCUUGUACAAGCUUCGGUCUGCUUUCUACUUUCCUCCCGAACAAGGUCAGUUUCUGAGACACCUCCAAUUGUCACUCUUCAAAGCUGCGAGAAGUAUAGCUGCCAUCAUCGCGGAUGCCGCGCGGCAUGGGCCAGCAAUGGUCGCGGAAACUUGGCUGCCCUCUAUCACAUACGACAGUAACCGCAUCAUGCUAUGUUACCUGACCAUUGUCUUUAACCCAUCGGAUCGAGGCACGAAACAUCUUGUGAUCAAUACAAUUCCCUAUCUGCAAAGCAAUGUACAGGCUCUUAAGAUGAUGAGUGCAACAAACGCGGUCGCCGAAGACAUGUACCAUGCGUCACAUUCUAUACUUGAAAAACUUCGGGUUGCAUCCGACAGCAUCUCUCCGCAACCACAGCUCGUCCUUGAUGAUCCCAGAGAAAGCACACCAGGAACCCCUUCCCAAGCAGCUCCUGGCUACGUUCUGAACCCGCUCUCAAUAUUUCGCAUGGCCCGUAGCGACAUUCCAGAACGGCACGCUCCGGAGAAGAGGCACAACACACCAAUCGACACGGGUGGCCCGGCGUUGGCUCCAGGGCGGGCAGUCUCACCCGGCAUUUCCGAUCAGCGGGACUUGAACAUCGAUUCGGGUCAGGCCUUUGGCCCCAAUCUUGACAUGUUCAUCACGCCGAACUUGACAUGGGACUGGCAACCGAUGGAAACUGCGGUGGGUUCUGGCAUGGACAGCGAGGGCUUGUUACCAUGGGUGGACACUUCAUAUACUUCAUACAUGAGUGACAUGUCAUUCAUACCAGCCUAA